AUGGGUUGGGGAGUCAUCUCGCUCAUUGCAGUGUUUUUUAUCGCUCGAGGAACUGAAUCCCGUCCGCAAUUCGAAAAAGACGAUUCGUUUUUCAACCCUCGAAUCAUCGGUGGAGUGGAAGCUGUGAGGAACUCGUAUCCUCAUCAAGUAUCUCUCCAAUGGGGUUUCCUAUCCACAACGAAUACCAGACAUUUCUGUGGAGGAAUAAUUAUCAAUCAAUCGUGGAUUUUAACAGCCGCCCACUGCAUCGACGCCAUCCCGGAGAUAGGGGGACUUCUCGUUAGAGCUGGCAAACAUUUUCUCGAUCAAGUGGAACCUCUGGAGCAGUCCAGGAGAGCCACCGCUGCUUAUGCCCACGAAAAUUUCAUCGGGGAUGUAGCUCCAUACGACAUAGGACUCAUCAGGUUGACAACUCCCUUCACCUGGACGACUGCAGUGGGCCCGAUCAAUUUACCCCAACCCGGUGCAAUUCCCACAGGAAAUGUGACAUCAACGGGCUGGGGUGCGACGGAUCCCAACGGUGCAAACCUGGGAAAUGCCCUCCAGACCGUUGAAAUACCCCUGAUCUCCCUGAGCACCUGCAGGAAUGCCCUCAUUCCAUUCGGAGGUGCUGGCACCCUCCACGAGACGAAUAUCUGCACUGGACCCCUUGGGGGUGGAUUCUCCCCAUGCAGCGGAGAUUCCGGCGGUCCAUUAACCUGGAGAAACGGUGAUAAUUGGGAAGUGGUGGGAAUCGUCUCCUGGGGAGUAAUUCCCUGUGGAUUGAGAGGUGCCCCUUCAGUAUUCGUUCGAGUCUCUGCCUUCAUCGACUGGAUCCAAUCAACCAUAACAAUAAAUACCCAGGGUUAA